AUGGAUGAUCGGUCAAAAAAACCACCACUGGUUCAAAAUACUAAGACAAACCUUCAACAUCAACCUUAUACACCUCAUCCUGGACCAUUGAAACGACGUUAUACAAUGUUGAGCGCGUUGAAUACUGCAGUAACGCCACCAACUAUGACAACUACUAGUGGUACACAAGAGCCGAUUAUGGUUGAAUAUACAGCUAUAAAACAACGAAAUAUAAAUUUACGUGAAUUUAUGAAUUCAGACAAUCCUGUUACAUUUUUCUAUCACAGUAUGAAAUUUGGUUUUAUUACAUUCUUGAAAAUAUUCUAUGUACCAUGGUAUGUAAUCAAAUUUCUGUACAAUGUUUGUUUACGUGUUUAUGAUAUACGUUCAUUACAUCCUCGUCAGUCAAACAAUAUAUCCUUAGCAAGAACUCCACAUCUUAUUGUGGUAUGGUUGUUAAGUGUCAUCGAUUACAUCGUGUUAUUGAUACAUAAGUCGUUUGUCUAUAUCAUACCAACAACAUUUCAACAAAUUCGCUCAUCGAUACGUAAACAUGUCGAAUUUACCGUUGGAAAUUCAUUUACAAUUAUCGAUUCUUGUUUUAAUAACAAAAUAACGCAGACAUACGAUACAUUACGAAACUUUUGUACGAGAAAAAAAAAUCUUUUGUAA